AUGCGUGCCACUGCAAGCAUUGCAGUCCUCACCGCGGGCCUCGCCAGCCUGGCUGCAUCGCAGAGCUUCGACAACUACGACCGCUGUGCCGACGCCGUCUUCAACGACCCCAACCUCGGCACCUGCGCCUCCAACCCCGGAACGUCCGGUCUAGCCUGCUUCUGCACGUCCGAUAUCACAGGCUACGACCUCACCGACGCGACUAUCGCCCUCUGUGCUCGCAACCACUUCCCCGUUGAAUCCCUCAAAUCCCUAAUCUGCAACCCCAACACCCAAAUCUCAACCUCAGACCGCAAACACAGCAGCAGCCCCAUGGUCCGCAUCGCCAACGACGCGCACCAAGCUCGCGCCCUUCCCGAACCAACCACUGCCACAGACACCGACACCAGCGCCGACACCGAAACCCCCCAAGAAAACGCCCACAGCGUAAUCUACCAAGUCAUCACCGUAACCAGCGCAAGCUGCGACUGCCAGUCGACACCAGGCCCUGCGACAGCAACGGCUGCUGCUGCGGCAGUCAAGCCAAGCCACGCUUACAGCGGCGUCUCGCCCCAGCAUGGCUCCGCCGCGGCCCAAAGCAGCAGCGCCAGCGACAUCCUGGUCCAUGCGACGCCGUCGACGAGUGCUACUGGUGCGAGCGGGUCUGAGAAGGUGGUGGCCACUUCGUCGGCGAUUAUGCCGAGUGGGACGGAUAGUAGUGAUGGGGAGGGGGAGCAGCAUGGGAUUUUGUUUCAGGGGGGUGCUGAGAGGGGGGUGAGGUCGUCGGUUGGGGCGGUGCUUGGGGGGUUGGUUGUUGGUGUUUUGGGGGUUGUUGUUUAG